AUGACUGGACUGCCUCGAACGACAUGGCCCAGCGGCCUUACGACAUACUGUUUCGAAGACGUGAACGCCCGCGUUCACUUCGCCGACGACAUUAAUGCAGCUUGGAAACUCUGGACUGACAAGAUUGGGAACGCUGGCAGUGAGAGCGGCCACUCACUUGAGUUCCAUGAGUACAAGGUCCAACACGAUCAAUGGCCCCACUGCUACAACCAACGCAAAAAGGAUUCCGAUCCUUGGAUCUGGAAUGAUGCUUAUCCGCAUGAUGUUGCCGUUAUCCAGGAGUCCACGAGCCUCGAUGUCCAGGCUUCUUCGGUCACGGGUUACAUACCAGCGGAAUGGAGUGAUUCACCGGGUCGCCAUGGUACGCAUCUCAGUAUCAACUUCAAGAACAAGUACCCGGCGGAGUAUUGGCACACGACUGUUGCCCAUGAACUGGGUCAUAUCUUCGGUUUCUGGCAUGAGCAUCAGCGUUAUGAUCGUGAUGACUACGUUCACUUUGACUGUUCUAAAGUUCGGGGUUAUGCCGCGGCCAAAGCCAAAGUCGACGCAUCGAAGAAGCACCGAAUGGAGCAAGUUUGCAACGACUAUCGUUUAGCUCUUCUCUACGAUUUCACGGCUAUCCAGGAUUUUGAUACAAUCGAUCAUGUUGACCCCGUUCACAAAGAUGGAAAAGCCUGGCCCUUGUUCAUCAAGCACGAUUUGGAGUUUGAUGAUGAGUCUAUCAUGUUGUAUAGCUCUGCAGAGUUUGCCAACGACGGAGCAGAUGUAGACGACGUAAUGCAAGUGCCGUUGGCGUUCUGGAAGGACCGCGGUAUUGGGUUCGGUCCACCGAGUAGAGUCGAGAAAGACAAUCUGGAGAUUAUUGACGUACGGUGGAAAGUUAGCGACGGGGAUUUGGAGGGUGUAAAGCACCUCUAUCCUUACCUGGGAAAAGAUGAAGAUGGCCAGGACUAG